UUCUUUAUUCCCUACAAUUUUUUGAAAUUUGAAAUUUGUUUUAACUUUGAAUGAUUUAAAUGUAAACUGCAGAGCUUUGCGCAUAUCGGGCAUCUAGUUGGCCUUUUCCAUUGUGCUCUAAUCCCCAUAGUAAUGGGAAAAUUUUCGAGCCUCACAUUAUCCCAAAAUUGCACCCAGUGAGAAAUCUAUGUAAAUUCACAAAAUCUAUAAAGUAAAACCGACCUGACUCCGUCCUGAAAUUUGUUUCUCGUGGAGGAGCUGCAACAUGCCGUGCAUAUUUAAUCCCGGCUACAUUGGACCCGAUCCGCCCUGCUGUGACCCGGAUUGCUUGGAGGAGGGGCACUGCACUGUUCCAGAGUGUGGGGUUUGUCCGGAGUCCAAGUUACCCCGUUGCAAUCCCGCCCGAGAGACUGAGGAGAAGGCACCGAAACAGAAGACCGUAAAGGAGCAGAAGCGGUAGAAGUAUCACUAUGGAGAAAAGAGGGCGGAGUAGUGAGGAGCUUAUAACAAUAGACCUUUUGUCGUUCGGAGAUGUUCCUAACUAGCUACACAAAACUUAUUUCGUUAUAUGGCUCAUGAUUAUACAUAUCACCUUGACUUCAAAUACACUUAAAUGACUUAAUUAAAAAUCGUUAUUAUCUUCCCUGACAA